UUGAGCGACAGGGGCGUCGUGUGACGUCUUGUUGGUGUUGUUGCGGGAGAAGAAGAUGGCGGCUCGCUGGAGUAGUGAGACUGUGGUCGUGGAAUUGCGAGACGCGCAGGCCACUGCUAUGUCCGUGGACUGCCUGGGUCGACAUGCUGUCCUGUCUGGGCGGAGGUUUCUGUACGUGGUGAACCUGGAGACUCCGUCUGAAGCUCCCAGGAAGAUCGGCAGACCGAGCAAAUGGGACGUGGGGACGGUUCAGUGGAAUCCUCACAAGGCCGAGUCCCACGUCUUCGCUGCCUCAAGUAACCAGCGUGUAGACCUCUACACGUGGCGUGAUGGCGGUGGGGAGGUCCACGCCUCCCUGCAGGGACACACACGAGUCAUCAGUGACUUGGACUGGUCCUGGUUUGAACCGGAGUAUCUAGUCACCAGCUCUGUAGACACCUACAUCUGUAUCUGGGACACCAGAGAUACAAGGAAACCUACAGUGGCGUUGUCUGCAGUGGCGGGGGCGUCCCAGGUCAAGUGGAACAAACGUAAUCAGUACCUUCUAGCCUCCAGUCAUGAUGGAGAUGUUCGUAUCUGGGACAAGAGGAAACCCAACACAGCUGUGGAGUACGUGGCAGCUCACCUGUCUAAGAUCCAUGGUCUGGACUGGCACCCUGACAACGAAUACAUCCUGGCAACGUCCAGUCAGGACAACUCAGUCCGGUUCUGGGACUACAGACAGCCCAGGAAGUAUCUGAACAUCCUGUCCUGUCAGGUUCCAGUGUGGAAGGCCAGAUAUACUCCUUUCUCCAAUGGCCUGGUUACGGUGAUGGUUCCCCAGCUGAGACGUGAGAACAGCUUGUUGCUAUGGAGCGCUCUGGACCUCGACAGCCCCGUUCACGCCUUCGUGGGACACGAUGACGUGGUGCUGGAGUUCCAGUGGCGUCCGCAGAAAGAGGCUUCCAAGGACUACCAGAUGGUGACUUUGUCCAGAGACCAGACUCUGAGAAUAUGGAGGCUGGAUCCUCAGCUACAGAAGCUGUGUGCCAACGACCUGGUAGAGGAUGUGAUAGAGGGGAUCAGCCUUAAUACCGAGUCAGAGAAGAGCCUUCCCUCUCAGGACCCUGAACCCAGCGUACACAGCUCUGGCCUGCCAGCUGAAAACCUGCAAGACCAGGCUGGUGCUCUGACCACUGGUGGUAGACACGACCCCUCUGCUCUGCCCCAGACACUGCAACAGGAGUUCUCUCUGGUCAACCUGCAGAUCAGGAACGUCAACGUGGAGAUGGAUGCGGUGACCCGUAGCUGCGUGGUGUCUGCCGUGUUCGGGACCAACCAGGUUCACCUGGUGGGGAAGUUCCCCUCCCACUACCCCAACAAUGCUGCUCCUUCCUUCCAGUUCAUCUCCCCUACCACCAUCCCCACCGCCAUGAGGACCAAGAUACAGAAGGUCUUAACUGACACGUCGCUGCAGAAGGUCAAGAGGAAUCAGAACUGUCUGGAGCCCUGUGUUAGACAGCUGGUGUCCUGUCUAGAGUCAUACAUGACCCAGGAGGAUGGUAGUGCUGCCAACCCGUACGUCCUGUCUAACCCCGUGACCCCUGCUCUGCCUGCAUUCCCCCGGGUCACCAACACCUACGGCUCCUACCAGGAUGCCAACAUCCCCUUCCCUCGUACCUCCGGGGCUCGCUUCUGUGGUACCGGCUGCUUGGUGUACUUCACAAGACCCAUCACUAUGCACCGCUCUGUACCGCCCACCGAACCCACACCCAGGUCCCUGUCGGCCCUGUCUGCGUACCACAGUGGGGUCCUUGUUAACCUGUCUCUGUGUGUCCCCAGGUCCCUGUCUCCGUACCACAGUGGGGUCCUUGUUAACCUGCCUCUGUGUGUCCCCAGGUCCCUGUCGGCCCUGUCUGCGUACCACAGGGGGGUCCUUGUUAACCUGUCUCUGUGUGUCCCCAGGUCCCUGUCUCCGUACCACAGUGGGGUCCUUGUUAACCUGCCUCUGUGUGUCCCCAGGUCCCUGUCGGCCCUGUCUCCGUACCACAGUGGGGUCCUUGUUAACCUGUCUCUGUGUGUCCCCAGGUCCCUGUCUCCGUACCAUAGUGGGGUCCUUGUUAACCUGCCUCUGUGUGUCCCCAGGUCCCUGUCUCCGUACCACAGUGGGGUCCUUGUUAACCUGCCUCUGUGUGUCCCCAGGUCCCUGUCGGCCCUGUCUGCGUACCACAGUGGGGUCCUUGUUAACCUGCCUCUGUGUGUCCCCAGGUCCCUGUCGGCCCUAUCUGCGUACCACAGUGGGGUCCUUGUUAACCUGUCUCUGUGUGUCCCCAGGUCCCUGUCUCCGUACCACAGUGGGGUCCUUGUUAACCUGCCUCUGUGUGUCCCCAGGUCCCUGUCGGCCCUGUCUCCGUACCACAGGGGGGUCCUUGUUAACCUGUCUCUGUGUGUCCCCAGGUCCCUGUCUCCGUACCAUAGUGGGGUCCUUGUUAACCUGUCUCUGUGUGUCCCCAGGUCCCUGUCUCUGUACCAUAGUGGGGUCCUUGUUAACCUGCCUCUGUGUGUCCCCAGGUCUCUGUCGGCCCUGUCUGCGUACCAUAGUGGGGUCCUUGUUAACCUGUCUCUGUGUGUCCCCAGGUCCCUGUCUCCGUACCACAGUGGGGUCCUUGUUAACCUGCCUCUGUGUGUCCCCAGGUCCCUGUCGGCCCUGUCUCCGUACCACAGGGGGGUCCUUGUUAACCUGUCUCUGUGUGUCCCCAGGUCCCUGUCUCCGUACCAUAGUGGGGUCCUUGUUAACCUGUCUCUGUGUGUCCCCAGGUCCCUGUCUCUGUACCAUAGUGGGGUCCUUGUUAACCUGCCUCUGUGUGUCCCCAGGUCCCUGUCGGCCCUGUCUGCGUACCACAGUGGGGUCCUUGUUAACCUGCCUCUGUGUGUCCCCAGGUCCCUGUCGGCCCUGUCUGCGUACCACAGUGGGGUCCUUGUUAACCUGCCUCUGUGUGUCCCCAGGUCCCUGUCGGCCCUGUCUGCGUACCACAGUGGGGUCCUGACCCCUAUGAAGAUGCGUAGUGAGUCUCAGAGCUCUCUGAGGCUGUACAGCGGCAGUCCCACCCACACUGACAAGGACCACGUAUCCAUAUCAUCAUUCUACUACAAAGAACGG